GCCAGAGCGAGAGAGCGAUGAUCUAGAGCUUGCUCAUUGUGUAACGAGCCAUAAGUGAAUUAAUCUUAAUCAGUAUCAUUCAGCAAGUUAAGAAACUUGUCAUCUGCUAUGCUUGGAAAGAGCUCAGUAUGUGGAAAACCUACCAUUUGAGAAAGCGACUGAUUAUCUUUCUGACAGUCCGUUUCUGAAGUUUCGCCGCAGUAGAUAAUUUCAGUAACAGCAUUAUUAAAUCAGAAUCACAGUGCCCUUUGAAACUUUAUAAUGUGUUAUCCUGCUAGUAAACUAACAUCAAAUGAAGCAUUAAUUCAAAUGUCUACCAUUUUGUUUCUGCGGUGUGACAGUGCUAAGGAAGUCAACUGAAUGCACAGAUCAGUCAUAGCAAAAUCUGCGUACCUGACAGAUAUUUUUGCAUAACACUGACCCUUGUGCAGUUUAUCAUCUUCCUUAGCAUAGCUUAAUGUACUCACAAAAGAAGUCAUAUUUUUGGGUUCGCGCCCUCUGUCCUGAAACGCCUAACUUGCUUACUCAUGUGCAAGAUUUAUCUAUGAAUGGUAAAAUGUAUGUUUCAUUCUUCAUUGGCUCCCUCAAUGGCACUUUGGAUGGGAUCCAGCAGAUCCACCAUUUUAAAUUACAUUGACAUUUCAAAUAUUCCUAAAAGCAAAAAUAACAGAUACUGUGCUUCUUCGUAGAACAGCAGUUGAGAUAGCACUUUUGACUAUUGCUGAUAUUAGGCAGGUUUGACUUUAGUCUCAACAUACAAUGAGCAAGCUUUGAGGCGGUGAUUUAUUGAGUCUUUUAUACUGAAGUAAGUGGUUUCCUAUCAAAAAUGAGUUCAUCACGCAGUUCUUCCCCAUCAAAAAUAGUCCGAAUCAGCUACACAGAUUCAACAAACGAUCUCCAAAUUCAUCCUGAAAAUAACAUCUACAAGCUUAAUCCUGAUACAUUAAGUCGACUGAUCAUAGGUAAAAAGUUGAAGGAUUUAAUUGUGCACAGUCGGCAAGACGUGUCCGAAACAUGGUCGGACGUUGCAUCCAGCAGCUCAGAAGACUCAGCUGAUGAAAGUGAACAGAGAUCAUCCUCUCACCCAGAACAGAACGGUUCACAGCCUUCAGAUAAUCCAGAAUCCUCUUCAAGUAAUAACCAAUGUACUGACAAUCUAGAAAAUUCAGGAACAAAAACAUGUUCAGAAACAGUCCGAACUGAUAGUGUCAGUGUUAGCAAUAAGGAAGACAUAAGCUCAGUUAAUUUGAAUAAUUUAAAUGUAUCAAAAUCAGAAGUCUUCAUAACAGUGCCCCUAAACUCAGAAUCUGCUGAGAGAUCAAGUAGAGAUAGCAGUUUUGUGCAUAAUCUUUCUCAAAAAAAGAAAGUACCCUUCAAGAUUGACAAUAACCUGCCUGAUAAUGAACAUCAGAAUGUUCUAGGGUUUGAAAAUGAAACUGACUUUAAAAAACACAGAGGGUUUAACAAAGAAAAAGAAUUGUCUAAUAGGGAGAAAUCUUCUCUUGAAAGAAAGUCGCAUCAGGUUGAUAGAAAAAAGAAAUUAAGAUCCCAGAGGAAGAGAGAUCAAUCUCGCUUGCAGCUAAAAGUAGAUAAAACUAAUACAUUGGGAAAUGACACUGGUGUAGCUUCUGAUAUUAAUAAGUGCUUUUCGCGAGCAACUACUAAUUCAAAACAUUUUUUGGUACCUUAUGGUAGUACCGAAGAAAGUUGCUCAGAUGAUGAAGGGAAUUCUGGCAAAGCUGUGCUAAAUCACUUAAGAAGCAAUCCUGAAGCAGUUAGUCCUAGCACUCCUCUGGCCAAUAUUUUGGUUUUUCCUUUAAAGAUGGAGCAAAACACAUUUGAUGACAGCAAUUGGAUAAAAUGUGUGGGUGAGGCAGACACGCUGAAAUUGUUCGAGACCUUGACUCCAAUACUGUCUAAUGCGGGGAAAGUGAAACAGUGCCUCACAGAUGCAUCAUCGCCUGCGGCUUUUAUUCAAUUUGAAAACAGCGAUAGUAUGCAUAAAUUACUUAACGCACACAAUAAAGCUGUUAAUGUUGGUGAAAAGCCAGGGAUGAAGCUCAUUAAAAUAGAUCUACUCGGUGGAUCCUCUGGACAUUUCAGGGGCGAAUGUAGUGCUUUAAUGAGUGAUAAGCGAAAAUUCAUGGAAAUGAUUACCUUGUCUGUCAAUUCAAUGGUAGCCGAGUUGAACUCUUCAACAGCCAAGUCCAGGCGAAUGGCGCUCGUAACAAGCAUAAAAAAAGCCAUCAAAACGGAGUAUACCAAUUGUGCGGUUUUUGACUUUGGAUCUCGAGUAUCGGGCCUUGCCUCUGUGAACAGCGAUUUUGAUUUUUUUGUGGAUCUAACUGGGCAGAUGUACUGGGGCUCUGAUGGAUACUAUGACGAAAUAAAUUCUAAAAAGGAAACUUGUAAGCACAUUUUUAAAAUUAAGAAAAUUCUGAGGAAUAAUCAAGAGUUUACCGACAUUAAAGCAAUUCCAACUGCUCGUGUGCCUAUCCUGAAGAUUACCCAUGUACCAACAGAUUCUCAUUGCGACUUAUCAUUCAAGAAUGGUCUUUGUGUUGAAAAUACAAAACUUAUAUGUAAGUACCUAAAUAUGAAUUUCAAAAUAAGAUGGGUCAUAGUUGCCGUGAAGUAUUGGGCUCAGGUUUGCGCCCUCGCAUCAUCUGUUAAUUUUACAAAUUAUGCCUUGACAUGGAUGGUUCUGUUCUACCUGAUGACAAAAAAACUGAUUCCACCCGUCUCAUGUAUGAUGGACCUGCAAAGCAAAGAUCAACCCUUGAUCCAAGGAUGGAAGUAUAAAACAACUGAUGUUGGUGCUAUAGAAAUUUUUGAGAGUGAAGAGAGUCUGCUGCAAGGUUUUUUUGGGUACUAUGCCCGUUUUGAAUACAAUGAAUUGGCAAUUUGUCCCAGACUUGGCAGAACAUUGCCAAAAAAUAUCAUUGUUAACUGUAUUGAAAGUAAAAUGCCCCCUGAACUCCAAGACUAUGUCAGUUAUGUUCACCAGAAUGCUAACAUCUACAAAUGUGAUGAUACCAUAUGUUGCAUUCAAGAUCCAUUACUUUUAAAUCACAAUAUCACAAAACAAGUAAGCGUGCAGAUUUUGAGAGAGUUUAGAAAAUAUUGUGAUAUAGCCAACUUAAAGAUGUUAUCGUGGAAUAAGUGAUAUUAUUUUUUAACCAAGUUAUACUUUUAGAAUUUAUUUUAGGAUGAUGAAUGAAAUCACUCUCCUUGUUGGAAAGAAUGAAGUGAAAUCUGAGAACAUAUAGUCAGUUCAUAGACACCAACAACCGUUCUAAUACAAAAUGUGUAUCAAGGUUACAUGCGGUGCUAAGCAAUUUUUAGAUUGUCAAAUAGGGUUUUAAGGAGAAUAUUUGAAACCCCUCAUCAUUAUUCCAACUGUGUAUAAUGCAUCUAAAGUGAUGCCAAUUAAGAAAAUCCAUGCAGAUGUAGGGCUAAACUUGGUUUAAUUGGACCAGUUUUUGUUCGUCAUCUAUUUUCUAUUUUUUCCAACUAUUUUUAUAAGUGACACUAUUUAGAAAUAGAUAGGAAAUUGAGAAAAGAUAAAUCAGCACCUUGGACAAAUGUUUUUGAAACUCUUCUUAAACAAUGUUUUUAAUGUUUUAUUAUAUUACUUCGCAAUCAUUCAUGAACUUUUAAACUUUUUAAUUUAGGUUAGGCAAGAAAUCUAAGUUUUGAAAUUGUGGGACAAACUCAAUACUCAAGUGUUUACAACGUUUUGUUGUGUAUCUUUCCUUUUUUUAAGGGUGUCAAUUUUCAGCAAGCUAUUUUGCUUUUGACGUGAGCCUUUUGAGUCUAAGAAAAUAAGCUGUUUUGUUGACUAAUGUAAUCGCAGAACAGUUUUUGAUAGAAUGCUCAAACAGAUCAGAGCAUCAAAAAACAGGAACAAAGUACCUAGUAAUAUGUACUGCAGCUUAAUAUGUUAACUUUUUUUCCAUUAAGUAUAUCCUCGAAUUUAGUUCAAUUUAUGUUUUUGUCACCAUUCCAGCCAAUGAUGCAAGAUUCAUUAUGAUGAAAGAAGUUUAGCUAGUUCCCAGUUGAAGGUCUAAUUUUUAUCGGAAGAUAAGUGCUGGUCCGACUUCUGUCUAAUUAUAUAGACUUUUUAUUACAAUUUUAUUUCAUCUCAUAGACCUAGAUUUUUUAAGAAAUCUUUGAUUUUAAAGUCACAAUAUCAAAAAAUAGAAGCUAGAGUUUUUUUAUGAAGUAGAAAAAAAGGUGCUUAUUUAGGUGAUAUCCUUUCUGAGAGUAUAUUUCACCAUGCUCAAAGUAAAUUUUGCACAAACUGCUUAAAACUUCAUAAUGUUUUUAAGAAAAGAUUUUACAGUUUUACAAAGCGUCAAGAACUAACACGCCGUAACUUAUCAACCGGUAAGCACUCAAAAAAUGUUGCAGUUAUAUCAUUUUUCAUCCUCUAAGCCUAUCCUCAAUGUUAUAACGAUUUGGCCCGUAGAGACCAUAAAAGAGGCGAUUCUCAAGUUCAAGUGGCAAAAGUCAAAGCCUUCAUCUUUGUUUAUGCUGAGUAUCUGUACCUAUCCUGUAUUUUUGCAGAAUGCUGAAGUGUAAAAAGGAGAUAUUCUAGGCUAAUCAUUUUCAAGUUGAUUGUGGUAUAAGCCGGGUGUUAGUCUAAUUUAUAAACAUUUUAAUCAUUGAAGAGGUGUCUUUGCUAUUAUUUGACAAAGAAUUAUCUUUAACAUAAUUUGCCGUUACUCCCAGAAAACUCAAGAUGUUCAAUUUGUACAAUGUAUUUGAAUCCUGAAAACAUAGUGAUAUUUUCUUGAUUUAUUUUUGUAUUUAUUCACAGCAGCACAUUUUGCCCAUGCACGCUGCUCACAUUGUUUAUACAUUGAUAGAAACAUAGAAAAUAUUAUUGCAUGAAAAGGAACAUUAGGUAAAGAUGUCUGAAGAGAUAAAUAUCAACUAACAAUUUUGAAUAAGUCUCUAGGCAUUACAUCCAAUUCAUUUUUCUCAUUAAACGUGUCAGCAGUAUUUGUGCAUAUCACCUAGCUCUGUUCCUCUAGUUCAAACUAGACAAACUGUUCAAACUAGAAAGCAGUUAUGAAAUAAAGAACUCAAGGAUGUGUUUUAAACAGCAACUUUAAAAACUUGAUAAUGCAACUUGUAUGUUCGUUUGUGUGUAAAAUUUGUUACUGGCCUAGAAUAAAGACUGAUAGGAAAUGAA